UCAUAAAUUCACCUUUGAGAUGCUUAUACUCUAAUGAGUAAAGAUCCAACGAUAUGAAGCGUUCAUCACAAUGUUUGUAUCUGACUCUUCAAACUGAUGUCGUCUCUAUUCUUUAGAUGUGUUCCAAUGUAUUUGAAUCCUUUCAAAAGAGAGAAUACGACUGGCGAUUGUGUAACUAAAGUUUAAUACUAUUUACAACAAAUUCCUUCGUCUACUUUACCUGCGAAAACUUUUCUUUCUGGAAUAAUUUCCACAUAGUAUUUGAGUGAAAGAAAAAUACUUGGUUCUCAACCACUUUUGAAUAAUGUCUAACUUCUCAAGAGUGGCAGAGAUUUUUGAACAAGCAUCUGUGGCGUUUGGUCGUUUAGCCCAACUUACCUUAGAUCUUAAGCAGUUUCAAGCACAACAAAAUGAUGGGGAUUCCAAGACAUGUGGAAAAUGGUCGCAAAAGGAAGUUGAUGAUCUUAAAGCUGCUAUUGGACGCUUUGGAUCCGAUCUAGCAAAGGUUGCUGAAGCCAUCGAAACCAAGACCAUUAACCAGAUAAAACAAAAGCUAAAAACUCGAGCUUUCCAGGAUGCUGGACUUGGAGAUAUUGCCCUUGAAAACGAGGUUGUGGAUACAGAAAUCAAGCCGAAAACCACAACUCCAAGUGUUGCCCCAGUCGAACGUGGAAGGCGUAAGCAAGCUUUAAAUCAGAUGCCUGAGCCAACAGACCUUCAUCCUCCUAAAAAAUCCAGGCCAAAUGUUGAUGAUUUGAAUGAAUAUACAGAUUAUUCUCCUGAAGUAGAAAUCUCAGAGAAAAAAUCUAACCAAUCGACUAUUAGCAAUAAAUCAUUCAGUAAUGAAAAUGUUACAUCUCAUCAAAAUAACGAUGAUAAUCAUAAUCAUAAUAAUAAUAAUAAUUUAAAACAAAAACUCAUUGGCAGUACUCUAUCUAGCGUUUUAUCCAAACCAUUAUCACUUACUAGAUCUGAUAUCAAUAAGACAACAACAACAACAACAACAAAUUCAGUAAAUCUUCUUAAUUCUGGAUAUGAUGCAAAUGAAUCAAAAUAUGAAGAUUAUGAUAGUAAUGACAGUGAUUAUGAAGUUGCUGAUGGUGUAAGCGGUCGCACACCUGGAGAAGAUUAUGAAUCAGAUGAAGAACAAGAGGAAGAGGAGGAAGAAGCCGACGAUGAUGAUGAUUAAUCAAGAACAAAUUUAUUAAUUAAAUAUUUAUGUACAUGUCUUUAUAAUUCACAAUCUUGUAUAUUAAUGUUUAUGUAUAUUUAUUAAUAAACAAAAUCAUAACUGUUACUUUGACCGUCCA